AUGAACGCACGACGCAUGGAACAAGCGCUCAACAAGCUCACGCUUGCCCAGCUCAAAGGUCAUCUGGAAUUGGCCGUGACAUUGGCGUGUGUUCAACAAUCUUCCACGAGGUCAUCGAUGGGAUGCUUCGUCGCGAUGCUCCUUUGCCCGGCUGACGAAGCCAACAACGAGGCUGAUAGUCCGUCGGGCCCGAGCCGUGGCGGUCCGUCGAGCUCGAGCCGUGACGCUCCCAACAACGAAUCUGGUGGUACGUUGAGCGGCGCUGCCCUCAGACGAGGCCGCAGUGGCGGUCGCGGUCGCGAUCGCGGUCGCGGCACUGGCCCUGUACCAGUGUCCCCUCAACAACGCACGGGUGCUUCGGGCAACCCCUUUGCAUCACCUCUUGGUGCGCGCGACUCGCGAGGUCGCUUCACCUCUGGUGGUCGUGGUCGUGGUCGUGGUCGCGGUCGCGGUUCGCGCUGA